AUGCGUAACCCAUUCGCCUUGAAGGACGACUCCGCCAACCCGGCCCCUCCAGAGGUCUACAACUGGAGGAUCUAUGCUCUCGCGGUUUCAGCAGCUAUGGGUUCUGCCAUGUUUGGUUAUGAUUCCGCCUUCAUUGGUGGGACCAUGUCUCUUCCAUCUUUCCAGUCCCGCUUCGGUUUGGCUGAGGCAACCGGUGACGAACUUGCCACUUUGAAAGCAAACAUCGUGUCUACUUUCCAGGCUGGAUGUUUCUUUGGCGCAAUUGCUUGUUACGCAGUGACCGAGAAGUUCGGAAGAAAAAACACUUUGAUGCCUUGCGGUGUUCUUUUCUGUAUUGGCGCUAUCUUGCAAUUGGUUUCGGAUGGUCAUCUUGGUUUGAUUUAUGCUGGUCGUGCGCUUACUGGUAUUGCUGUCGGCGCUUCUUCGCUCUUGGUCCCCAUCUACAUUUCCGAAUGUUCUCCUCCCGCUAUCCGUGGACGUUUGAUUGGUAUCUUUGAAAUCUUACUUCAAUUGGCUCUCGUCGUCGGUUUCUGGGUCAACUACGGAGUUUCCAUCCAUGAGGAUAACGAUUCUGACCGCCAAUGGCACGUUCCUUUCGCCGUACAGCUCGUUCCCGGUUCUCUCCUCGUCAUUCUUAUGUGGUUCCAGCCCGAAUCUCCAAGAUGGCUCAUCAAGGCCGGUAAGACCGAGCUGGCGAUCAAGAACCUCUGCACCAUCCGUGGCCUCCCCGCCGAUCACCAGUACAUCGUCUGGGAAGUCGACACGGUCAACCAGCAGAUUGAGCACGAGAACGCCCUUGGUGCCAACAGAUCUUUUAUCUCAAAGUUGAAGGAGACUUUCCUCCCCGGCAACCGCAACCGUCUCCUCAUCGGAAUGGCCCUCAUGAUGUUCCAGAACUUGUCCGGUAUCAACGCGCUCAACUACUACUCUCCCACCAUCUUCAAGAGCAUUGGAUUCUCUGGAACCAGUGUUGGACUUCUUGCUACUGGUGUUUUCGGUAUUGUCAAGGCUCUUGCUACCAUCCUCUUCAUGUUCUUCGGUGUUGAUGUCUUGGGACGUCGCAAGUCACUGCUUUACGGAUCUGUUGGUGCUCUCAUUGCGAUGUUCUACCUUGCUGGUUUCUCCAAGCUCUCCGGAUCCUUCGAGGGUGUUGCCCAGCGUGACGCCGGUGCUUACGUUGCCAUUGUCAUGAUCUACAUAUUUGCCAUCUUCUACGCUCUUUCAUGGAACGGUAUCCCGUGGAUUUUCUGCGCUGAGGUCUUCCCCACCGGUAUCCGUUCAGUCUGCCUUGUCUUCACCACCUGCACCCAGUGGCUCGGUCAGUUCAUCAUUGUGUACUCCACCCCGUACAUGAUGAACAACAUCACCUACGGCACUUUCCUUUUCUUCGGCUGCUCUCUCGUCUGCGGUAUGAUCUUUGCAUGGUGCUUCCUCCCUGAGACCAAGGGUCUCUCACUCGAGGACAUGGAUAUCAUGUUCAACCUCAAGGGUCUUGCUACCCACCUCCGCCCAGAGACCGACCGCAUCAUUGCCAUCAACCGCGAGGAUCUUCGCACCGGUGAGGUCUCGGAUGGAAGCAUUGAGAAGCAAGGUUCUAAGCAUGUGGAGGUGGUCUAA